AUGAAUGCACGGGGCGCUAUAUUUGCGCGGUUGAUGCGAGAUCCAAAUGAGCUAAGGGACCUUUUCCGUCACUGGGCGGAGCCACGACACAAGGGGGAGGAACUAGGCCAGCGGGAUAGUUCCUCUACUAUCCACGCCACCAACUAUUACCAUUAGUAAUCAGGUAGAGAGCGAAGCGGAGCGAGCUACCGAGCCCGCGAGGGUACUUUUCGGCCGGGUACCCUGUUCGGCCGUAGCUCCUCCCCCUGGUGACGUGUCUCCUCCCCUUGGUACGUCAGAAGGUGCCUUCUCCCACUCCGCUAUAGAAUCAGCCAUACAUAUUUGCGGGGUUACUCUGCCAGUGCCACCCACUCUUCCGUCUAUUGGCCGCAGCGCCUGUCACUCAGUUAGCCCCGUCCACUCUGCUAUCAUUGGCCGUAGCAUUCACAUUACCCAUAACCCCCUGCGCUGCGUACCAAUACCUAUCUGCAGUCAAGCCUCGUUCCUGUGUGUAGAUCCGCCUAUCUGCUGGCGCUUCCUGUGUGCAUUAUCCUCACUUCCGGCUGUGACUUGCCGCUCUCAUCCUUCAGGGAUACACAGUAGUGAAGAAGACAUCCGGUGAGUGUGAGACACCCAGCAGCUGUUCCCAAGUGUCAGGAGGACUGAGCAGGACCCAGAACCCCAUUACGGUGCCUCCACCUCACUGAUACAUGACUGACACAAUGACCAGAAGAUCCCAGAACUCGCCAACAAGAUCAUUCAGCUGCUGACUGGAGAGGUUUCUAUAAGGUGUCAGGAUGUCACUGUCUAUGUCUCCAUGCAGAAGGGGGGAGUAUAUAGACGAACACAGGGGUCUGUACAAGGACGUGAAGAUGGAGAUUCACCGGCCCCUCACAUCACUGGAUGGACCCAGUAACAGAGAUAUCCCAGAGAGAUGUCCCCGUCCUCUGUAUUCCCAGGAUUGUAUGGAGGAGAAUCACAGGAUCCCACAGGAGGAUCAGGAUGAACAUCUAACUGAUAUUAAGAUAGAAGAAAAAGAGGCGUAUGUGACGGAUAUAAAGGUAGAAGCUACAGAGGGAGAAGUAGAGACGUAUGUGACCGAUAUAAAGGCAGAAGCUACAGAGGGAGAAGAAGAGACGUAUGUGACUGAUAUAAAGGCAGAAGAUAUAGAGGGAGAAGAAGAGACGUAUGUGACUGAUAUAAAGGCAGAAGAUACAGCGGGAGAAAAAGAGGCAUAUGUGACUGAUAUAAAGGCAGAAGAUAUAGAGGGAGAAGAGCAGACGUAUGUGAGGGGUGAACAGCAGUGUAAGGAGGAGGAAAUCCCUACAGAUAUAAGCACAGACCCACAGGUGGAGCAAAUUGUUUCACUUGCAAUCCUGUGAGGAGACCUGGAAAACAUGAACUGUUGGGACUACUUGAGGACCGAGGUUGGGAACCACUGAUCUAGAGGACAGAUUGAAUAGACCUUCGUUCCUCAGUCUCUUUGAACAUUUUUGGAAAGAUUUCCUUCCUCCAAAUCGAAUUCCUUUCUUUUUGGGGAGUCUUGUUGUAGCUGACUGUAUCACUUUCUGUUUCUCCACAUAGGGUAGAGAUCCUGUUAUAAAAAAGGUGAAUGGUUACCUGUGUCUUUUCUAGUAUUUGUUUGGGUCUUUGGUCUCGCUCCCUUUUGGUUGAAAUAAUCAGUUACAUUAUAAUUAACUUUAGGUCUAGAUGCAUAGGAGGGUCUAUGGGGCUUUUCCCCAGAGAAUCAUCUAUUCUGAUAAAUGGUACUUCAAAUGAAGGCUGCAUGCCCUCUAUGAUUAGAAUAUUGGGGGGGAGUCUUCAUUGCCCCGUAGUGGACUAUGUCUAAAGUUGUUUCUAUGUUUUCUAGUAAAUUAUCUUACUUUUCCUUGUGUAUAGUCUCCAUGGUCCUUUGAUAAUUUACCAUUUUUAGUGUUAAGUGAUUGCUCAACUUCUAUCUUUUUUCAAGGCAUAGUCCAUAUCCCUAAAGCCUGACCUAACGUCAAAGGCUUUCAAUAUUUUUGGGAUGUUUUCAAUUUCUUUAGAGAGCGCCUGGACCUUAUUGUCUCUAUAGGUUAUUAACACUUGAAUUAGGGCAAACGAACAAUCAUCCAAGGUGUUAUUCCAUUUUUUGGGUGAGUUCAUCAUCCUCUUUAAACAAACAAGAUUAAAAAAUCCUUAGUCCUCUGGGUAUCAUCUUCUCCUUUUAGGUAUAUUGUAAGCAUAAUUUUGUCUAGCCAGUGUCUAGUUUCUGUUCUCACGCUGUUAGCUAAAUGUAUGCACAGGCGAUGUUGUUAUAUUACUGCACAGCCCAUGUCACCUCUAGUAAAUCCCACAUGAUCUCUCAGUGUUACCUAAAUGUAUGCGCUGGCAAUGUUAUAUUACUGCACAGCCCAUGUCACCUCUAGUAAUCCCACAUGAUCUCUGUGUUACCUAAAUGUAUGCACAGGCAAUGUUAUAUUACUGCACAGCCCACGUCACCUCUAGUAAUCCCACAUGAUCUCUGUGUUACCUAAAUGUAUGCACAGGCGAUGUUCUAUUACUGCACAGCCCAUGUCACCUCUAGUAAAUCCCACAUGUUCUCUCAGUGUUACCUAAAUGUAUGCACAGGCAAUGUUAUAUUACUGCACAGCCCAUGUCACCUCUAGUAAAUCCCACAUGAUCUCUUAGUGUUACCUAAAUGUAUGCACAGGCGAUGUUCUAUUACUGCACAGCCCGUGUCACCUCUAGUAAUCCCACAUGGUCUCAGUGUUACCUAAAUGUAUGCACAGGCGAUGUUAUAUUACUGCACAGCCCGUGUCACCUCUAGUAAUCCCACAUGGUCUCAGUGUUACCUAAAUGUAUGCACAGGCGAUGUUAUAUUACUGCACAGCCCAUGUCACCUCUAGUAAUCCCACAUGAUCUCUUGUUACCUAAAUGUAUGCACAGGUGGUGAUCUAUUACUGCACAGCCCAUGUCACCUCUAGUAAUCCCACAUGGUCUCUCAGUCCAAGCUUCCUAGGCUUUUUUAAUUAAACAUAAAAGAAAUGCCAGAAAUACAGUAUGGGUUACAAUGUCUGUUACAGAAUUAUAUAUUGUACCAUGUAA